AUUGUUCAGCCACUGGAGGGCGCUGCUGGGCUGCAAUGUGCUCCACUAAAGUGAGGUUAAAAAGAGCGUCUGUGUGGCCGAGUGGAUGCUCUGAAGGUAUUUCAACACAUUCAGAUGUCUCUGUACAGUAUUCUGCACAGUUUUUUCGCCUUGCGGACAUCUAAAAGGUUUUUCGGGAAUAUCAAGAAGUAGACAUGCAGCCUCCUCCUCCAAGAAAGGUAAAAGUCACACAAGAGGUCAAACAAACUCACACAGAGCAGCUGAACAGACUACAAGUCAAACAUCAGACAGACUGGGACUUUCUAGAAGAUCUGAGGACUUAUAGCCAAAAGAAAGCAUUGAUAGAGAAAGAUUACUCUCUGGCUCUACAUAAGCUUGCCUCUCAGUAUUUGAAGCGUGAGUGGUCCCCUUCAGAAGACCCGAGAGACUCCAGGAAGGUUUGGGCCGUAUGGAGGUCCUACCUGGAGGGUGUGAUGAAAGUGAGCCAGUCUCGUAUCAACGGAUGCGAGAACUACAGGAACCAAAUCUCAGAUCCUGUAAAAACUCUCAGAGCCCAGAAAGACCUGCAGCUGAAAAAGUGCUGUGAACAGCUGGCGAGAGCUCAGGCCGAUCUCCAGGGCACCAUCAGAGAUCUGACAAAAAGCAGAAAGACCUACCAGGAUGCCGAACAGACGGCACAAGCAGUAAGAGAGAAAGCCAGCAUGGAGGCCAAGUCUAAGCUCAGCCUGUUCCAGUCACGCUCCAGUUUGAAGAGAGCGAGUGUGAAGCUGAAAGCCAAGAAGAACGAAUGGAAGUCCAAAGCCACUCAAGCAAGGAAUGACUAUCUGCUCACGCUGGCGGCGGCUAACGCACAUCAGGACAGAUAUUAUCAGACAGAUCUGAUCAACUGCAUCAAGGUUCUCGAUGGCAGUUUCUAUCAUCACGUACAGAGUUUUCUGAUCUCUCUGUGUCAGAUGGAGCUUGAGACAUCUCAAAGCAUUCAGGACACUUUUCAGUGCCUGCUUGAGACGUCCAGUGGAGUGACCCAGAAUGUACAUCAGCAGCUCUUCAUUCAAGAGAAUCCUGUGUUUCAGAGAUCCGCCCCUUUCCAGUACCAAGCCUGUGAAAAUGAUACGGUUACUGAGCUUCUAAUGGAGACUGGCACGGCCGAAGAGCACAGUUUGAAUAAAGAGGCACGGAAAUGGGCCACACGUUUGGCCAGAGAGCACAAGAACAUCGUCCUGACACAAAGGACUCUGACGGGUUACGAAGAAUCACAUCAGCAAGAUCAGAAUAACAACGAACUGGAAGUAAAAAUGGACGAUGCAAGAGAAUACAUUCGUAAAUCAGAGACAGUGAAAUUGAAAGCAGAGGCUCGUUUGAAUUUGCUCAGAGGUGUGGGCGUGGCCGUAGAUGUCUGGCUGAAGAGUGCUAUGACCCAAGUAAUGGAGGAACUGGAGAAUGAGAAAUGGGCCACUCUCAAUACCCAUGAUGCUUCAUUCUCUCACUCCGUAGAUUUCGACAGAGAAGAUGAGGAGGACACAGAGACGCUGGAUGACAACAGUUCCAGCCCCUCCAGUACUCACAGGAGCUACCCUCUUACCUGCUCUGUCCUCUACUCUUAUCAGGCGUCCCAGUCCGAUGAGCUCACCAUCCAGGAGAACGAUGUACUCGAGCUUAUUGAAGAUGGUGACAUGGAGGAUUGGGUUAAGGCUAGGAAUGAAGCAGGGCAGGUGGGAUAUGUGCCGGAGAAAUACUUGCAGCUCCCGUCCUCCAACUCUCUAUUAAGAAUGCUCCAGUCGCUUUCCAGCAUGGACGCCCAGUCACAGACCUCCGGCACCUCUGCGGAUCAAGAUCCUGAGUUAGAAACGCUCACCCAGACCCAGAGCAGCCCGAACAGUCAAGCCAGCGCUCACCUGGCCAGGGCUCUAUACGCCUAUGAAGCCCAAACCGAGGAUGAGUUGUCCUUUCCUGAAGGAGCUGUUCUUCGUAUCCUAAGCAAACACAACCAGGAAGAUGAUGGAUUUUGGGAGGGCGAGUUCAGUGGUGCAGUGGGUGUCUUUCCUGCAGUGUUAGUGGAGGACAUGUGUGGAUCAAAAUAUCCACGGACACACAGAAGCAUGAAUGUGCAGGUAUCUCCAACAGUUCUGGAUCCUUCACCCUUUAUCUCUUGUAGCCCGGUGUCCCAGUCCCUGUCACCGGUGACCAGCAUUCACAUACUAAAUGGUUACCAAACCCCAGAACCCCCCAAAGUCACAAGCUACAGCCACACCCAUACCCUAUCACCCAGAUCUCCAGCAGAGGGCGGGUCAGGCACCCGGAGACACGUACGAGCUGCCCCUCCACCACCGAAACAGCAAGCGCAGGGUCAGGUGCAGAAGAGGGAAGAAGUGGAGAUUACACUGGUGUAGCGCCGCCCUACAGGCAAAUGAAACCAGGUUGAUGCAGACAUGCUUUGAUGCACAAAGGCAUGAAUUGGAUUUAAUGAAGACAUCACAGUUUGAUGAAGAUAUGGAUACAUGAACCAUCACAGCUUAUACACUCCAUCAUCUCGGUUCUCAGCUUUGAGAGAAAAAUUAAAAACAGUGGGUUUCAUUUACUAAUAAUUGUGUACAUUUGUGUACACGUGCAUACUUAAUGCACAUGAAAUGAAGUUUCAGGAAGAGCAUGGUCAUGUAAUCCAACCAAUCAGCGCGAAGAGGUGUCUAUAUAAAGCCGUCGCUCACCUUUGUCCUGUGACAGUUUUUGCAGCAUCCCUCCUCCACCAAUCACCUCAGCUAGUUCAUCCAUCCCAGUUAAAGAGGGGGUACUCUUGGUUUGGGCUAAAUUCAUAUGCUUUAUCUCAUUCCCUAUUGAUUACAUGUUAAUGCAAACUUGUGAAUUUGUUGUUAAACUCGUUCUUAUGUUAGCGAAUUUGGAGUUUUCUGAAUAUGCGGCCACAUACAUGAGGAUAGUAAUUUGCAUAAUACACGCCCAAACCAGCUCUAUAUAAGGGCUUUCCGCAACGUAGUACUUUUCCAGAGAAAAAUGUAGAUACGUCACAGAAGCAAAAGAGCCAAAAAAAAUAUACUCAUUAUCAUUAUCGUUUGAAUACAUGAUUUGGGAGGUUUUGCUGUCGGUGGAGUAAGCAGGUGUGCUGUAUAUAUUGGUAAAAGGAAGUACAGGAUGCGAUAACAAAGGCCGUAAUAUAGCUUCACCACCAGAGACACACAUCUGUAUCUGUUAUAAAACAGACAGGGGGAUCAAGUGAUUGACUUUGUACUUUUUAUUACAUUUACAUUCAAUUUACGCUCUUAUAGAGAUUUUAAAAUAUGAGGAAGCAAAGCUUGAAGGAUUGUCAUUACGGGCAUCUUCUUUUUCUUCAUUGUAGAAAUGAAUAAUAUAAUGUAGAAAAGAUAUGUAUGUAUAAUAUAAAAGAUAUAUGCAUAAUAUUAUAUAUCAAUUAUUAUAAUUAUAUUAUUUGAUUAUAGUGUGAAUUUUUCUAGCCUACGUUUGGUACAAAUCAUUUUUUGCAUGUUUAAAACUUUAGUACGAAAGUUUUUGUUGAAUCAUGAUUUGUUCGUGAAAACGGCUGUCGCGCAUUUCACACUGACAGAGAUUUAUCUGUACGCAUGCUUAAUGAACAAGACCCAUUUUCUACAAAAAAGACUGAAAGGAAAAGUGGAAAUUUUAAUAGCAACAUUCAGACAUUUUACAAUUUAAUCGUAUGAUUAAAUUCAAAGUGUUCUUAAGAGUGCUUAGUUAUAUAAAGGUACUUACACUACAUGUAUAUAUAAAGCAGGUUAAACCUGCUUGGUACGUGAAUCAGUAUUUUAUUUGUGGAGUCAUUCUAAACUUUUCAUGUUUGUCAUUUCAUUUUUAAAAUUCCAGUUUUUCUUUCCAUGAAAAUUCACUCAAUUUUCCCAUUGCAUAUUUUCUUUCUUUGACAGAAAUCUAUAUAUUAUAGUAAGUGAAGAGCAUGCACUUAUGAGAUAUAGAUGUUAUCAAAGGUAAAGUGAUAGUUCAUCUUCGUUUACUCACCCUCAAGUUGUUCCAAACCUGUAUAAAUUUAUUUGCUGUGCUGAACACAAAUGAAGAUAUUUUACAAACUGGGGCACCAUUCACUUCCAGUAUAAUUUUUUUUCUUCUAUUGAAGUCAAUGGUGCCCCAGACCUGCUUGGUUCCAAUUUUUUUUAAAAUAUCUUCCUUAUUGUAUUUAACAGAUUUUUUUUAUAAAAGUUUGGGACAACAUAAGGGUGAGUAAGGAUUACUAAAUCACUUUAAGAAAUGUACAAUCCAGUUUGCUCAGGAUGGUGCUUGCAGUUUUCAGUCAUCAGAUCUUGUUCUUCCUUAUCCAUAUUGUUUCAAAUUUUACAUGUGCAUCUUCAGCAGCAACAGCACUUUUCUUUAAACAUGAUAAUCGAAUUUGUAAGUGUGUGUUGAAUUUUAUAUGACGUUUCGCAUGUGGUCAUAUAUAGGUCGAGCAGAUGUUACAUACUUAACAUUAGUAAGUUCGAUCAUUCGACACAUCUUGAGAAAUGCCUUUUAGAAACCAGCUCAAACACCUUAAGACGAUCGGUUUUCAAGCUGAACCUGGAGGUAUGUAGGUCUGGAAAAACCUGUAUGAGAUGCAAUCUACAGUAAAAUUGGUUUUAGUGCAUCAUUCGCUCGACCUGAAUUUACCCAACCAGCAUGACGAAGUCACAAAGACGUAUCCUCGGGUGAGACACAAAGUUUAGAGCUGGGAAUUUUUUUGGAUUGUUACACCCUGUUGCAACAUUUCGGUCUCUCUUACACUUAUUUUCUUUUGAGACUGGCAAAGAGUAAAUGUUUAUAUUGCUCAGUUGAUUUGAGUUUUGAUUUCAUCAUGUCAAACAUACUUCUCCUGUACAGCUCAGUGGUAAAGCAUGUCAUUAUCAGUUCAAAAUGUAAUGGGUGUGAACCCAGUGAACACAUUCACUGAUGAAGUCUCUUCGUAUAAAAGCCUCUGCUGAAUGCA